AUGGAAAGGAAAGGUGUUGCAUCGUGCCCUGUUUGCCAGGAAGAGGCUUCAGAGGACUGUUGUGAGUUCAGAGAGAAGGACUGUGCCAUCUUAGAGAAUCUGACGUGGUCUGAAGCUCUGAGAUACUGCAGACAGAAUCAUGUGGAUCUGGUCUCGGUUCAUUCAGAAGAGAUUCAGCGUCGUGUGAUGAACGUGGUUAAACGGGCGUCUACUGCGGCGGUGUGGUUGGGUUUACACAACUACUGCAUCAUGAACAUGUGGCUCUGGGUGAGUGGAGAGACUGUGUGCUAUCAGAACUGGGCUCCAGGGAACGGAACGAAACCGGAAAACUGUAAACUCGAGAAGAGAAAAGGAGCAGUUCAGUCUGGAGGAGAUCAGCGCUGGAUCAGCCUUCCUGAAACUCACAAACUCAACUUCAUCUGCAUAAAUAUAAGAGUCGUGAGCUACCGGACCCGCGGUCCGGACGAGAAGGAGGCCGGGCCGUCUAGUCCCUUCAAGCGCCGUGGGCCAAGGCGAGAAGGAUGCAGCCGCUGGAAGAAGCCGCCACCCCUCGCGCCCCGGACUGGAGAGGGGAGCGCGUGCGGCCGCCGGACUCCGCCCCUAACCUGGACCCUUCCUUCCUGA